UCCCCUGCUUGGCUCCACGUUUUAGGGCUGGUGGUCGUUUAAGCAAGCAGCUUCCCUGUGUUGUGAGAGGCCUGGGCGGACUUUGGCCCCUGUGUUUGCAGACCUGUCCCUGGGCCACCAUCAGAAUGGCGGGCUGCCUCCGGCUGUUCCUGCUCCUCCUGGGCCUCCACAGCGCCGAGCCCUCAGUAUUUCUUUCUGCCUCCAAAGCAAGUGACAUUCUGGUAAGAUGGAAGCGUGCUGGCUCCUAUCUUUUGGAAGAGAUCUUUGAGGGAAAUUUGGAAAAAGAAUGUUAUGAAGAAAUUUGUGUCCAUGAAGAAGCAAGAGAAGUAUUUGAAGUUGAUGAGACCACUGAUGAAUUUUGGCAACGUUAUAUGGGUGGCUCCCCAUGCGUCUCCCAGCCCUGCCUCAACAACGGGUCCUGCCAGGACAACAUCCGCAGCUACACCUGCACUUGCUCCUCGGGCUACGAGGGCAAGGACUGCGCCUUCGCUAAAAAUGAAUGUCACCCUUUGAGGACUGAUGGGUGUCAACACUUUUGCCACCCGGGACAGGACUCCUACAUUUGCAGCUGUGCACAGGGGUAUAAACUGGGCCAAGACUACAAAUCGUGCAUCCCACAUGACAAGUGUGCAUGUGGAAUCCUGAAUUCUGAGUGCAUCAGGGCAACACAGAGGAGCAGGCGGAAUCUUCAGAUUUUCCCAUGGCAGGUAAAACUAAUAGAUUCCGAAGGAAAAGACUUCUGUGGUGGUGUUAUAAUAGAGGAAAAUUUUGUGCUGACAACAGCAAAAUGUUCACUGUUACACAGAAAUAUCAGUGUGAAAACCAAUUUUCCUAGAACGAGCAAGGACCCACUGACGAUCGAGGUGAAGCGCAUCCAUGUGCACAUGAUGUACGAGGAGGAGACGGGGGACAAUGACAUUUCGCUCUUGGAGCUGGAGCUGCCCAUCCAGUGCCCAGACAUGGGGCUCCCCGUCUGUAUGCCCGAGCAGGACUUUGCGGAGCGCAUCCUCAUCCCGGGGACACAGGGCCUCCUCAUUGGCUGGACAUCCAACGGCUCUGAGCUGGGCAAUGUGCCGAUGCAGCUGCCCGUCAUGCACAUGGACAGCGAGGAGUGUGGCAGAGCCCUGAAUGUGACAGUCACGACGAGGACGUACUGCGAGAGGGGAGCGGCAGCUGGAGGGGUGCAGUGGGCGGAAGGGAGCAUGGUCGCCAGAAAACACAAAGGCACCUGGUUCCUGACAGGGAUUCUGUGCUCAGUGCCCACAGCAGAGUAUGGACAGGAGUUUCUUCUCACCAAGGUUUCAAGAUACUCACUCUGGUUUAGACAAAUCAUGAAGUGACUAAACCCAGCUAAGCCUCAAGAAUAAAAGAUGUGGUGGGAUUACACACCUUAACUGCAAGCAUGGAGUUAAAUUAAAAUAUCACAGCAAAACAGCUGUGACUGCCUCAGGACAACCAACUCGGUCUACAAACCAUUAGUAACUGCUUAUGACAGCGAUUUUCAACCAGUAUGCUGCAACAAUUUUUAAAACAUGCAACACCUGACUAUUUUGGUCA